UAUAUUUCAGAAGAAAUGGCAUCUCGUUCUGUCUCUGGAGUUACACUCAGCCUACUGAAUCGACACGUGAUGUCCUUUCAGUAUCAUAUAUACCGCUCUGUCCCACAAAUUUUGCAUUGCUCAUCACGCUCUACAUCUCAGCAACGUCCCAGGGGUGGGGCUAGGCCUCUCACUGAUCCUAAUAAAGUAUUUAGACACAAUAAUUGGGACAAUGUCGUCUGGGAUGCAUCACAAGAAUCUGAAGCUCGACGUAUUACCGAAGAACAGGCUGCUGACCUCGUGUCGUUUGAGAAACAAGUUGAAUAUGAAGACAAGGCCUAUGAGUUCUGGGACCAUUUUUACCAGUUACACCUGGAUAAAUUCUUCAAAGAUCGGCACUGGCUCUUCACAGAGUUUCCAGAGUUAGCUCCAGAAGCGAAACUCGAACCACCAAAUUCCCAUCCUUCGAACAGUCAAUCAGAAUCAGAAUCUGAACCAGAACUGGAACCAGAAUCCAAAUCCCGUUCCGGUUCUGAGCAGUGUGAUCUGGUGCCAGAAGAGCAGCAACAGCCAGAGCAGCAACAAUGCGAAGGCCCCAUCGAGCAGGAACCAGUUGAGAAUGAACAUGAAACAUCACAAGCUUCCACUAAUACCACAACUUCCAUCAUACCUCAAGUGACUGUGAGUGAAGAAGAGGUGAACGACGACCCUGACAAAAUCUACAGAUUCUUCGAAGUUGGCUGUGGUGCAGGCAACACAGUUUUUCCAGUCUUAAAAACCAACAAUAACCCUAACCUUGUGAUAUACUGCUGUGACUUUUCUUCCAAAGCUAUUGAUCUUGUCAAGGAACAUCCAGAAUUUGAACCUUCACGCUGCUACCCAUUUGUAUGUGACAUCACCAAUGAGUAUUCUCCAGUACCGUUUGAGGAAAACAGCCUCGAUAUUAUUAUUAUGAUAUUUGUCCUUAAUGCUAUUAGUCCAAACAAGAUGCAACAAACUGUGAACAGAUUAAGUAGUUACUUGAAACCAGGAGGUCUUUUACUGUUCAGAGAUUACGGUCGCUAUGACAUGGCCCAGCUACGAUUCAAGAAAGGUAGAUGCUUGUCAGAAAACUUCUAUGUCCGCCAAGAUGGUACUCGAGUAUACUUCUUUACCCAAGAUGAGCUAAGACAGAUGUUCACCCAGGCUGGCCUGGUGGAAGAGCAGAACAUCAUUGACCGGCGCCUCCAAGUAAACAGAAGUCGACAAUUGAAGAUGUACCGUGUGUGGAUCCAGUGUAAAUAUCGCAAGCCAUUGUCAACGAGUUAAUUGUUAUUUUCUUAGUCAACAUUGAAAUUUAGCAAAUAAAAAUAAAUUUAUUAAUUUAAAACAGUGAAAAAAAAGUAACUUAAUAUAAA